UUUCUUUAUAUAUUACGCGGAUGAUACACGCGCGCGCGACCUAUUGCUUUUAAGUUCAAGUUAUGAGAAACUUCAUCGCCCCCGAGAGUGCAAUGUUUUAGCGGUAUGAAAAUUUUCCGAGAAGUUUUUGGACGCUUUUAAAAAAGUUUGUUAAAGCACGAAAAUGUUUUAGUAGGUACAACAGAAAAAACAUUCGCCUCUUUUAAAACCCAAGAAGAGUUUCUUACUAACCGUAAAAUCGCGCAUUAUAAUAUCCCAAAAUAACUCCGAAAACCGGUCGUCAAACUCCCCCUAUCUACGCAAGCGCGAGUGCGCACCAACUGGCAGAUUGGCCGAACGCGCAAUGAUAAUGGCAACGAUCCUCGGCCGCAUAUAUGAUUCUAAUCCCCCGACACUGCACCUACAGCCUUUUCGGAAGCCCGGAGCUCUCGCUCGCGUUGAGUACACAACAGCCCUGUUUCUCCACGCAGCAUAUCAGUUAUCAACCGCGCGUUCCGCUGCACGGAGCUGCGAGCGGGAAGAUUCGAAGUUUACCCGCGGCCAUAUCGCUCAGAGUACCUCUCGGUACACACGUACCACGCCAGUGCGCCUGUGUGACUCUAAUCUACGCGCGAAUAUAGGUCGUCGCUCGUCUCGCGACCCGGACUCAAGGCGGAGCAGUUCUUCUGCUAAUUGCUAAUUUCGAGACGGUCAGCGAGUGAAAGAUGAUGGCCCGCAGAUCGAUUCUCCAGAGUCUCGGCAAACUCCCGAGCGCUGCGCCGAAGUGGCUGCGGAGCGUCGCCGCCUAUCCGAUCAAGGAAUCCAACGUUGAGGAUGCGAACAGCAGCGAGUGGGACUUAGCCAGGCCGUACGAGGAGAUUCCAGGACCGAAGCCGGUGCCGGUUUUUGGGAACCUCGUCAAGUUUCUCCCGCGGAUAGGUAAGGAUUUUCACUCUCGGAUAUAGCUCUUUUUCUCCAAAGCUGCACCGAAAGUGCCACGUUCCCUCCCGGGCGCCUGAAGAAAAAUAGUAUACGCACCACGGGAGGAAAAUUGAACAGCCCAUACCUCGUGUUUGACAAUUCACACGAAAUAUGGACUGCCCUAGUUUUUUCCUCCCUAGGCACGUAUAAUAUACUAAUUAUCGUUCAGUGACCUUGUUGGCGAUGACCGAUACUAAUAACGCGACGCUAUUUCGGACUAUAAUCUAUAACAAACGAGAAUAUAACGAUAUAUGCGGACAUGCAGGCGAGUACGGCGACUUGACGUCCGAUCAGCUGUUGCGCCGGUUACGGGCCGAGUACGGAAGCGUCGUGCGACUGGAAGGCCUGCUUAACCGACGACCCUGUGUCUUUCUCUUCGACGUCGAGCUCUGCGAGAAAAUGUAUCGCCUUGAGGGCGCCUGGCCUUCCCGAGUCUCGAUCGAGUGCCUGCAUCACUACUGCACGCGCAACAUGGAUCGCCGUGAUCUCGGCUUAUCCGUAAGGUAAGUCGCUGCUCACUCUCCUUUAUGUCGUGUUUAUGCAUCACGAGAGCCAAUGUUCGUCCGCAGCUGAUAUUCCGCCGAAACGAGCGCCAUCAUUCUCCGAUAAAAAUGUUCCUCCUCUCGGAAUUAUCAUUAUGAAUUGAUUGCCACCGUGCACAUCUACCGCUGAUAAGAUUAGCUUCAUUAUUCUAAAGUAAAAAAAAGACGCACAAUCUGAGUGUAGCGAACGCGUUGCGUAUGUUGAGAAAUCGCGCGUCUCGGCUAUAACAGCGCAAUUCCGAGAUUUGGUUCGAUAUUGGAAUUUUUCUCUCUCUUUCUCUCCUUUUUCUUCAUUGUUUUCUAAUGGACGCUACGGGGAUUUAUUUGCAUUUGCGCAAAGCUUUUUGUUAGUCUCCGCCUUGAAUCCGCGCACGCGAUAAACUACUAUUUGUUCUCUCGCCACCCACGCACGCGCGCGUACGGAAUUGUGAAAAUGCUCGGGCGAUUGUAUUGGAAAUACCGCCGUAGAAAAAUUAAACUCGAUUCUUUCUCGUUUAUAUUUUGGACGAAAUUUUAAAAAAAUGUAGAUUUCUCAUUGUUAAAUCCGUACAGUCAGGGGGAACAGUGGCACCAGUUCCGCUCGAGGGUGAACCAGCCGAUGAUGCAGCCGCGUACGGUCCGUCACCACGUCGCUCAGAUAGAUCAGGUCGCCGGUGACUUCAUAGCCAAGAUGCGCCAACUCAGAGACCCGCUGACCAACGAUCUACCCGCCAGCUUCAACAACGAGCUCAACAAAUGGUCGCUCGAGUGUGAGUACAUAGACGUUUUUCCUCGAGCCUCGAUCGAUCCUCCGACAAGUUCCUUGCGACAUUUUGCUCAUCGGCCGGGAAUUUCACUUCACAGCCAUCUGCCUGAUCGCGUUGGACCACAGGUUCGGCUGCCUCGAGGCGAAUCUCGCAGCGGACUCGGAACCGCAGCGCAUGAUCAACGCCGUCCACGAAAUGUUCGAGCUGCUCUUCCAGCUGGAACUUCAGCCGUCGCUCUGGAAGUACUACAACACGGGCAAGCUCAAGCGGUUUUUCCGGGCUAUGGAUACGCUCACCGAGUAAGAUUUUAUUAUUAUACCGAGCUAAGCCGAGAAGUAUGAUACGCAUCGAGGCCGCGCGUAUAAUAUAUGAUGGACUAUGAAUUAUUUAUGAAUUUCUCAGGAUCGGAAACAAGCACAUAGCGAACGCGUUGGAACGAGCGAAAAGUAAGCCCGACUCGGACAAUCAAGAGAGGAGUAUGCUCGAGAGAUUAUUAGCUAUCGAUGAGAGGACGGCCAGGACAAUGGCUCAGGACAUGCUAAUCGCCGGCAUCGAUACGGUUCGUAUUAUUGCUACUACUGCGCAGUCUAUUAUUGACCAGCGAUGGUUUGCACGGAAUAUUAUUUCAAAGAGUAGUAGAAAGAAUGAAAAAAAAUAUAUAUAGGAGCCGCGGAGACGGAAUAAAGGCUGCCUCUUUUUAUACAUUCCGUUUGGCAUUGUUCCUCAGACGGCGAACUCGGUCGGAAAGACGCUGUACAUGAUAGCCACGCAUCCGAGGGUACAGGAAAAAUUGAGGGCCGAGGUAGACGCGGCAUUGCCUCGAGCCGACUCGCCGUUCACUUACAAUACCAUGAACGAGAUCCCCUACCUGAAAGCCUGCAUUAAGGAAACUCUGAGGAUAUCUCCCACCGCCCCGGUGAACUUAAGAACCAUGAAUAAGGACAUUGUUCUGGCUGGUUACAGAAUUCCAAAGGGGGUAAUUUGACCUACAUACAUAUCUGUAUAUCUGUAUAUAGCAGCGUCGCCCGCUCAAGUGCACAGCGACGCUUAUAAUGGAGCGCUGCAGCUCGAGACUUUUUUCCCUCGCAAUUUCAAGUCGAAAAAUGCUUCUAUAACUGUACGCGAGUAUGUAUAUCUCCUUUUAACGUCCUUUUGCGUCGAUUCACCGUUUUUAUUUAUUAUACGCGACCUCGUACACCGCGUCAAAACAACGCGGCAGCAGCGCCGUGUUUUUUCAAAAUUUUCAAACACUCCUCUCCAUAUCCUCCCGCGAGGGAACGUUCGUUUUUUCCACGAGAGUUAUGGCACACGCGCGAAACAGCAAAAUCAGAUUUCCGACGAGGGAAGCAGUUUUCGCUUCCUUUUCGAAACCCAAUCACUUUUUCGAUGCCGCCCGCGCGCAAUUAGAAAGCAAAAAAGCGGGCGCAUCGAGAGGAGGCAAAAAAGCAGCGCCGCGCGUUCCCAAUUGUUGUCCGGCUUAACAAACCUCCGGACGGAAAACCGAAUUUCCCUAUCUCGUGUGUGUAUACGUAGUAAAAAAAAGCGGCGCUCGCUCGGACGAAAAUAAAAUCCGCGGAUCGACUGAUGCAAAUCCUUGCGCAGAUGGACGUGAUUGCGUGUCACAACCUGCUGAGCCAGGACGAGGAGCAGUUCCCACGAGCGAACGACUUCAUCCCCGAGAGGUGGAUCAGGGGUAGCAAGGAGAUACAGUCGGCCAAGGAAGCUCACCCCUUCACCUUCAUGCCCUUUGGCUUCGGGCCCCGGGCGUGCAUAGGCAGGAGGUUCGCCGAACUCGAGAUGGAGACCCUCAUAGCCAAGGUAAUCCGGCAGUUCGAGCUGGACUGGAAGCAUGGACCCCUGGUAGUGCACGACCGCUACAUCAACACCGUCAGCACGGCCUUGCAGUUCAAGAUCACCGACCGCGAGAACUAGUUAUUGCAUAUUUGUAUACAACAAAGUAUAACCGAGAUUUAUAUUUUCGAAUAAAACGCAACCUUCCCUCCUAUAUAUAGCUAAUAUACACACCCGGCUGAUUGAGAUUCCCCGCUGCAGUAGCGCGGAAAUUGAAUAGCGAGUUGCGAGGAUAAUCCUACUGCUGCAGGUAAUUCCUCUCAAGAAUUCCAGCUAUUAAAACUACUGCGCGCGCACACGUCGCGUAAUAAAGCAGUCGUCGCUCCACAGUAGCUCCUUUCCACGAGCUGCGAGCUGCCGAGAAUCCUUUAUGCGCUCGUUAUUGCGCCCUAUCUGCAGCGCGGGUAAAACCAAAAAGUUCGAAGCGUCGAGAAAUGCGAAUCACGUCCUCUCGGCGCUGCAGUCGAGAGCUAGAGGCUCUGUUUAAUUCCCAGAACAGACGGAAUAAGUCGGGGAAAUCUCAAUCAGGACUAGUCUC